AUGCGGAUCGUGACUCUGAAGCACCAGCUGAAGGCCCAGGCAAGUGGGAAGCCCAAGCCUCUGACAGUGCCGGAUCUUCGAGAGCAGCUCAGCGAUAUGAACUGCCAGCAGGGUUUGGGUGAUGUCUGGGAAGAAGCUUCGAUGGAUGAAGUUUUGGUUUACCUCCGGGGCAACCGAAACUUGAUGCUUCCGGAUUGGGACUUGGAGCGGCAAUUGGCCGAAAUGGAUAUGUCGGCCCGGCCUGCAAGCGCCCAGAAAGCCAGGGAUCUGGGUGGAACGGCGGGCCAUGCCGACAACAACGAGCGGACCGACAGCACUGUGAUGACAGCAAGCCCCGACCAGCUUCUCCGGCUUCAGGCGAAGUUGAAUCAGGCUAAGGAAGGCAAAGUCAAGGCGGAAAGAUCGAUUUCCCGAUCCGACCCACCAGCCCCGUCGUCUCGACGUGCCAGCCCUGCCCCGAGCACCUCUGCCAAACGAGGGCCGGCGGCUGUUACGUUGUACAAAGACAUCGACAACCGUGAGGCACUGACGGAAAUGCUUAUCGCAGCAAACUUCCAGAAAGGCUCUUUCCGGUCCCAAGUGACGAAGUUUGUGGAGCGCGAGAAAAACAAGGAGAAUAAGAUCACGGCUGGAUGGUAUACGGAGGCUGCAAUGAGCAGUGUCCUGAAGAUGAAUCCGUCCGAUAUCAAGGAUGUCGUGGAGUACACCAAGGACAAGCCCGAGCUGAGGAGGCAAGGUUUAGGGAAAUCGCGGAAGUACAAGUACAACCCCAAGAAGCUCCAGCACUGGGUGGAGAACGAUUGGACCACGACUCUCAAGGACACGACAAGAAUUGUUUCCAGGUGGGAGAACAACGAAGCAGGCCAGGAGUUGCCGAAGGAGGUCAACGAUGCCAUGCCGGCUAUGCCAAAUAUCAAGAGCCUGGGUUUCGAAAACAUGGACCCCAGUGCGGUGGAUGCUGACGACGACAAAGCCAAGCGAGUGUCUGAUGAGGAUACCAAAUUUCUAGAUACUGUUUGCAUGGCUUUCAAGCAUAUAUAA